AUGGCAGAUCCAGUAAUUGGUGCUACAGUUCAAGUUGUGCUUGAGAAACUGCUUUCUCUCACUAUUGAGAAAGUCAGUAGCUCAAGGGACUGCAACAAACAUCUCAGAAUGCUCACACAAAAUGUAUCCAUCAUUCAAGCUUUCAUUAAUGAUGCUGAAAGACGACAAGUUGACGAUCACGCUGUAGAAAAAUGGCUGAAAAUGCUUGAAAGAGUUGCUGAAAGUGCUGAAAAUGUGUUCGACGAAUUCACAUAUGAAUCUCUCAAAGCACAAGUGAUGCAGAUCCGAAAUAGCCCUAUGAGAAAGGUCAGUGAUUUCAUUUCUCAUACAGCUUUUAAGAGUAAAAUGUCUCGAAAAAUCAAAAACAUCAAUGAAGAGUUGAGGGUUAUCAAUCAGUUAGCCAAAGACCUCGGUCUCCAAUCACUAAUUGUUUCGUCUCAGCAAAUACUACCGUUUCGAGAAACAGAUUCCUUAGUAGUUGCUUCGGAUGUCGUUGGUAGAGACAACGAUGUUGCUGAAAUAAAGGAGAAGAUGUUGAACAUGAGAGACGAAGUUGUUCUGUGCACCAUUCCCGUAGUGGGGAUGGGAGGUUUAGGGAAAACUACUGUAGCUAAGAGAAUUUUCAAUGAUGAAGAGAUCGAAAAACAUUUUGAGAAGAGAGUGUGGUUGUGUCUACCUGAAAUGUCAGAGACCAAGAGCUUUCUUGAACAGAUCCUCCAAUCAUUGACAGAGAGGAAACUUGAGGUCCAGACCAGGGAUAUAAUAGUCAAGAAACUCCGAGAUGAACUAGGUGGAAAAAGGUAUUUGCUUGUCUUAGAUGAUUUGUGGCGUGUUGACCUUCCGAUAUGGGAUGAGUUCGUGGAUAGCUUGAGAGGAGUAAACACUUCUAGAGGAAAUUGCAUUCUCGUGACUACUCGCAUGAAACAAGUGGCAUCCACUGUAGCGGUAGAUAUUCGUAUGUUGGGAAAGUUAACAAAAGAUCAUUGUUGGUCCAUUUUCAAACAAAGAGCAUUUGUUGAUGGGGAGGUUCCAGAAGAAAUGGUGAACAUGGAAAGCAGGAUUGUUGAAAUAUGUCAAGGUCUACCAUUGGCUGUAAGUGUGUUGGGAGGCCUUUUACGCAACAAGGAAAGACAUGAAUGGCAGGCAAUUCUUGAUUGCAAUCCCCUUGUUGUAGGUGAAGGUGAUAAUGGGGAAAAUAGGAUAAUGAAAAUUCUAAAACUCAGCUAUGAUUAUCUACCAUCCCCACAUCUGAAAAAAUGUUUUGCUUACUUUGCAAUGUUUCCAAAAGAUUUUAAGUUUGAAAAAGACCAACUAAUCCAACUCUGGAUGGCAGAAGGGUUUCUUCGUCCAUGUCAAGAGACCCCUGUGAUGGAAGACGUUGGGAACAAGUUUUUUCAGCUUUUGUUGCAAAAUUCAUUGCUGCAAGAUGUUAAUCUAGAUGAGCACAACAAUAUAACACACUAUAAGAUGCAUGAUCUUGUGCAUGAUUUGGCUGCAGAUAUAUUCAAAUCUAAACUUUUUGAUUCCAAGAGCGUUGGAGGAGAAAAUCUUUCUCAAGUUCGAUACUUUGGAUGGGACUCACCAAGUGAUCAAAUAGAUAAGAUAAUUGAGCCAGGACGAUUGAGCACAUUGUUCUCGAGAAGCAAUCAUAUAUCUAAUGAUAUGCUGCUGAGCUUUCAGUUCUUGAGAGUUUUAAAUUUGUCCAGUUCAGGCAUUGAGGAGUUGUCAGCCUCAAUCGGCAAGCUAAUAUACUUGAGAUAUCUUGAUCUCUCAAACACAAACAUCAAAGCCUUGCCCAACUCCAUUUGCAAGCUCUACAAUUUGCAAACAUUUAGAGUCAAUUACUGUUGUUCACUCAUGGAGUUUCCAGAUAAGAUGGGAAAUAUGAUAAGUUUGAAACACAUAUAUUACAGAUCCAAUUAUCCUACUUGGAGAUCAUGGUGUAUUAUUAAUGAGCAUUUUCAGAUGCCACUUAACAUGCGACAAUUGACUUGUCUUCAAACCCUGCAGUUUUUCAAGGUCGGUUUAGAGAAAGGUCGUCGAAUAGAAGAAUUAGGUCAUUUGAAAAACCUAAGAGGUGAAUUGAUGAUCAACAAUCUGCAACUGGUCCGUAAUAGAAAAGAAGCUGGAAGAGCAUAUCUACAGGAGAAACCAAAUAUAUGCAAGCUGGCAUAUUUAUGGUCCGAUGAUGAAUCAGAAGACCGUGAGAUCAAUGAUGAAUAUGUUUUGGAUGGCCUUCAACCGCAUCCUAACUUGAAAACCUUAGUGGUGGUGAAUUAUUUGGGGACUAGAUUUCCAUCAUGGUUCAGUGAAGAAUCUCUAACAAAUUUGGUCAAGUUGAAAUUAAGUGGAUGCAAAAGGUGCAAGGAAAUUCCAUCGCUUGGCCAACUCAAACUCCUUCAGCAUCUUGAGCUGAUAGGAUUCCAUGAGUUGGAAUGUAUUGGACCUACAUUUUAUGGUGUUGAAGUUAACAAUAAUGGAUCGAGCAACAAUAACACCAAUAUCCAAGUGUUCCCGUUACUCAAAGAACUAGUGUUGAGGAAUAUGAGUAGCCUUACUGAAUGGAAGGAAGUGCAAUUGUUACCAACAGGAAAUCAUGGUAGAGACGGAGUUGGAGUAAGAAUAUUUCCUGCGCUGGAGAAGUUGAGGAUUAGUAGCUGUCCACUGUUAAAAAGUACUCCAAAUCAAUUUGAAAUCCUGCAUGAAGUAGCGAUUGAAAGAGUUAACAGUGAAAUGCCGUUGUUGAACUUGUGCAGCAACUUGACAUCUCUCGUAGAUCUUAUUGUGGAUGAUGUGAAAGAGCUCACUUGUUUUCCAGAUGAGAUGCUACAUAACAAUGUUUCUCUUGAACAUCUACGGGUCUUAAAUUGCAGAGAGUUUCGUGAAUUGCCACAAAGUUUAUACAACCUCCGUUCUCUUAAGAGCUUAAGGAUUGAGCGCUGCAACAAUUUCAGUUCCUUUCCUGUUCCCAGUGGAGAGAAUCAUUUUACUUCGCUCCGAAGUCUUGAGUUAUCCAAUUGUGAUGGCUUAACCAGUUUACCAAGUGAAAUGCUAGAGCGUUGUCGGUCUUUGGAAUCUUUGAAGGUCAACAAAUGUAACAACUUAGUUUCCUUCCCUUUACAUGUGUGGGAAAUGCCUUCUCUUUCAUAUUUGAAUAUAUCAAAAUGCCUCAAAUUGGAUAGUGUACCUGCACGGGGCCUUCACCGUCUCACUGGAUUACAGGAAUUGUGCAUUGGACCUUUCUCAGAGAUGAUGGAUUUUGAGGCAUUCCAAUUGAUAUUUAGUGGCAUUCAGCAGCUAUCGUCCCUUCCUAAAUUAGAGGUGUAUGGGAAUAGGCAAUGGGAUUCUCUGCCCUAUCAGCUUAUGCAACUUUCUUCCCUAACAGAGAUCGGAAUAAAUGAUUUUGGAAUCAAAACUCUUCCUGAUAGAUUUGGAAAUCUUACUUCUCUUGAAACAUUAGAGCUAGUGAGGUGCAGACGACUACAACAUCUGGACUUCUUAGAUGCCAUGCCCAAAUUACGACAUCUGGAGAUCCGUGAUUGUCCAUCAUUAGAAGCUCUGUUGGAUGGGCUUGUCAACCUUGUUUCUUUGCAAGAGUUAACUUUAUGGUUCUGCAGAAAACUACAGCAUCUGCCAUCCAGAGAUGCCAUGCUACGCCUCACCAAAUUACGAUUAAGUUUUACUACAAGGGCAAAGAGGUCAUCCCCGUUCCGGCCUUGUUUGGGCACUGAAAAACCUUUUCCGGGAACUGAAAUUAAAGAAGGUAUUGAACUAGUAUCUCAACAAGCCUAUUCUAGCGACAAGGCUCCUUUUUCAUCAGAUCCUCGGACUACAAUAGACUGGGAUCCCUUGAGCAAUCCUCAGAGGAAGGGAAAAAAACUUGUUGAAACCCCUCCAGAGUCUGAUUCCGACUCAGAUUCGAAUUUUGUUGGUAACAGCAUGUCAAUAGCAUUAUGUAUUAUCUGUGAAAGAAGGCUAAUUACUCUUCAAGUCCAUUAUCAUACAACACUGUUGAUUGUUGGUUUAUGUCGUGGGUCAAUAACAUUGAGAAACAGUGGAGAGAGUCAAAUUGCGGCAUGA